UUUUUUAACAAACGCGAACUUAAACCUAAGUAAAUCUUUUUCUCCGUUUAUUAAAUUAUGAAAUAAAAAAUUAGAACUUAUUCAAAAGAUGAUGUACCGACAAUUACUGCCAAAAUUUCUCACUAAUAGAGCACGACUGCUGUCCUCCAACCUUGCAACUAAUGUCACAAUGAGAAGAUUCCGGCUCGCCCCAGCGGCAUUGGCCAAAAUUUAUAUGGAUCGUGAGAAUCUGCAUGCCCACAAAAUAUUAAAGGAAUCGCUAAAACCCUACCAAAUAUUUCCCAUCAAUGCGCACAUCACUUCCAUACCUUAUUCGCCAGAGUUUGAAAAAAUUGUAAAGUGCAUGCCGGAAUGUGCCAGUACUGAACAAGUGUUCCACCAUUUUUUGAGUGUAUGUGACUACUGCCAUAGAACUAAUACGUUAAUAUCCAAUAGAGACUUUACGGCAUUCGUCCAACAGUUCUGCGAUCGCAUACACUUGCUUACGGACGACCAACUCAAGGCGUCCUUACAGGCUAUUUCCCGAUUGCCGCAAGAGGAGAAUGUGCGCUCACGGAAUUUCGUAGAACUAUGGAACGUCUUGGAUAUUGAAUGCUGUCGCCGCAUAGAAAAAUGGAAGACGGACGAACUUUUGUUGGUGUGCGAUGCCUGGUACAAUUUAAAUCUGGCAAGAAUUUGUGAAUUCGUUUGGGAGGCAUUGCGUAAACUUGGACGCAAAGUUAUCAAAAUGCAGCCCCAUCAAUUGGUACAGACAAUGUUCUUGUGCAAUGUUAUGCGCCGAUCUGUGUUUGAUAUGAUUGAUUUUGAAUUUAACUUGGCCAAGUGUCUCAAGGAUAUGUCUCUGGCUGAAUUAGGUGUGAUGUCAAUGGGUUUCUUUAAAACGCAGACACCUAUCAGAAAUGGAGAACUGUUACAGCAAAUAUAUGAACGGUUGAUGUCUGAAUUGCAUCAAGUGGAUGAUAUAACAUUUGUAGCCAUACUGAAGGUGCUACGCUACAGUUCCAAGCUGCCUCAAGUCGGUACUAUGAUGAAACUCUUGGAUAAAAUCUCUGAAGAAAUAUUUGAAAAUUUGAAUCUACUUACCUGCCUGCAUGUGGCUCUUCUGGGAUGCGAACUCCAAUGUUGCCACGAUGAACUCAUUGAAAAAAUUAUAAAUAAAUUUCACAACGAAAUUCACACUACUAGACUUAAGGACUUGGAGCGAAUAUCAUUGGUUGUGGCACUGUUCAAUAUAACUACACCAAAUAAAAUCGAAGAUGCUCUUUGUGAGAAAAUUCUUCGGUCAUUGAAUGAUCGCAUUGAUGAAAUAGUCAAACAUCCUAAAUGUUUCACAAACUGUUUGCAUUUCCUAACGCUGCGUGGUUUUUAUGACAAGGAAAUGUUAUCAGCGGUGUUGGAGAAAAGAUUUCUAAAGCAUGCUGUCGGCUCGAAUCUGCCAAUUUGUCGGGAAAUAUUUAAUUUGGACACAUUUGUGAAGGUUAAUUUACAAAACGACGGGUACGGUGGGUCGCAAUUGGCAGAAAAACAUCGUCAAACCAUGGGAAAGAUGCAGACACAUUAUAUUCCGGAACGCAAUUCUAAGUACAAACUCAAUGCCACAGAUAGUGUUUUGCUGCAAAUGAAAGAAAUCGCUGAUGUCCUCUUGCCCCAUUGUAAACUGAAGCACAUUCUCCCAAAUUACGAAAGACCAGAUGUGAUUAUUUGCUACGAUCGUUUUACACGUACCUCAGUUCCCAUUUCUGAUAAUUGUCCAGAAGACUAUAGUGGAAAAAUCUUAACCAGGGUACUCGUUUUGGGUGAUAAAUUGAGCAAUGAUAUCCAGACCGUUGCCCUGGUCAUUGCGGGCUGGAAUAGUGUGGUGAGGGGCAAAAACCGUCAUACAGGUCUUUUUGAUAUGAAACUAAAACAAUUGCGUAUUCUUGGCUAUAAACCUAUAGUGAUAUAUUGGCACGAAUGGCGUGAAUUGGAAAGUCAUCAUGAUCGUAUUAAAUUCGUUCAACGGCGUCUAUCAACUGUGAUAAAGUUAUAGUAAAGUGUAAAAGAUAACAAGUUAUUCACUACAGAAGGAGCUAAGGUCACAAAAGUUCAUUUAAAGUCUUUUUGGUAUACUCGUAAACUAAGAAUAGUGUGGCAGUAGCUGGUAUUGUUCGCAAUACGGAGGGCAGCAAGCCAUUGUAGAGAGCCAUUACACCCUCAGUUCGUGCUAUCUCCAGGCCCACGGAGGUCAUCGAUCGCUUUAGAUUGUUGACUUGUAUACGAGAUUUUAUGACAUCUGCAGGGAAGAUACUAACCCACAGAGUAACACCACCAACAGCGCCAGCAAACAUGGUUUUUAGAGCACCUA